UUGCAGAGGGAAAUAGGGUUUUGGGGGUUUAGAGCUGUGUUUGUUGGAAUGGAAAAUUUAACAGAGGGAGUGAACAAGUUGAACAUCUCCGAUUCUUCCCUCAAGAAAAAUCGAAUCCAGGUCUCCAAUACCAAAAAACCCCUCUUCUUUUACGUUAAUCUCGCCAAGAGGUUCAUGCAACAAUACAAUGAUGUGGAACUGUCUGCUCUUGGGAUGGCUAUUGCCACCGUUGUCACAAUUGCUGAGAUUUUGAAGAACAAUGGACUGGCUGUUGAGAAGAGGAUCACAACAUCAACUGUUGACAUAAGGGAUGAAUUUGGAGGGCGACCUCUUCAAAAAGCAAAGAUUGAAAUUUUGCUUGGAAAGACGGAAAACUUUGAUGAGUUGAUGGCUGCUGCAGCAGAGGAAAGGGAAAUUGGAGACUACAAGGAACAAAGCUGAAUUAAGAUGUUCUGGUCAUACUUGUUUUAGGAGUUUUUAAUUAAAUAUUAAAAAAAAACAGUAUCAAUUGAUAUAAAAAAUUCAGUAUGUUUUUUUCAUUAUUACCAUAGCUUCAAUCUUCACAUUUGCAUUAUUAAUAAAGCUUCAGUCCCACAUAAUGGACAUGUUGGUCAA